UCUAACAGCUGGUGAUUAAUUUCUCUACUGCUGAUGUUCUUGCCUUUGCAGGUUGUUUUUCUUUCCUUAUUUCAUUACUUUAUUCAUCACUAGAGGCCUGGUGCACGAAAUUCAUGCAAGGGUUAGAGGGUCCCUCAGCCCGUCCUGCCCCCUCACACAUUCCGGGACCCCUCGGGCAAUGUCCAAAAACCAGCAGUUGGACAUCCGUCUUGUAAUCCAGGACGCUGCAUGCUUGGUGACCAUACUUUUCAUACAGGAACCAUUGACCUUUAGGGAUGUGGCCAUAGAUUUCUCUCAGGAGGAGUGGGAAUGCCUGGACCCAGCUCAGCGGAAAUUGUACAUGGAUGUGAUGUCAGAGAACUACAGCAACUUGGCCUUCCUCGCUAUGUCAUCUAAAGAUAACCAGGUCCUUAUGCCAAAGCCCGGACUACAAGAUUUAUUCCCUGAAAUAAUACUGAGUACACAUAAAGGAGAUUGCACUUGCCAAUGGAUUGAACAUUGGGAAAAUUUUAAGCAGGAGUCUUAUCUUAAUCAUCGGACAAGUGAGCUCGCAGAGGACCAUUAUAAAGGUGGAAAAGUCUUUGAGCAAAUGUCCAGUCACAAGAUACAUCAGUUUAUUCCUAUUGUGGAGAAGACACACAAAGGAAGUAAAUGUGUCCAGUCUUUUCAGCAGUCUUCAAAUUACAGUGAACAAGAGAAUGUUCAUACUGGGGAGGAGGCUUACAAAUGGAAUCCUUGUGGCAGAAUCUCCAGUCAAGUAUUCAAUCUAAAUAAAAUGAAAAAAAUCCAUAGUGGAGAAAAACCUUAUAAAUGUAAAGAUUCUGGUAAAACAUGUAAUUGGCUGUCAGGUUGCACUGCAAAUCAGAGAAUUUAUACUGGAGAGAAGACUUCCAAAUGUACAGAAUGUGGCAAAGCCUUCGGUAGAUCCUCAUACCUUAUUACGCAUCAGAGAGUUCAUACUGGAGAGAAGCCUUAUAAAUGUUCAGAAUGUGGCAAAGCAUUCAGUGAGUCCACAAAGUUUAAUCAACAUCAGAAAGUUGAUACUAGAGAGAAGCCUUACAAAUGUGGAGAAUGUGGCAAAGCCUUUGGCAGCUCUUCACUUCUUACUAAACAUCAGAGAGUUCAUACUGGAGAGAAGCCUUAUAAAUGUACAGAAUGUGGCAAAGCCUUCAGCCAAUCCUCAACCCUUAUUGGUCAUCAGAGAGUUCACACUGGAGAGAAGCCUUAUAAAUGUAAAGAAUGUGGCAACACUUUUGGUAGAUCCUCACACCUUAUUAUGCAUCAGAGAGUUCAUACUGGAGAGAAGCCUUAUAAAUGUGCAGAAUGUGGCAAAGCAUUCAGGGACUCCUCACAGCUUUAUCGACAUCAGAGAGUUCAUACUGGAGAGAAGCCUUAUAAAUGUACAGAAUGUGGCAAAGCAUUCAGAGAUUCCUCACACCUUAAUCGACAUCAGAGAAUACAUACUGGAGAGAAGCCUUAUAAAUGUACAAAAUGUGGCAAAGCAUUCAGGGUCUUCUCACAGCUUGAUCAACAUCAGAACGUUCAUACUGGAGAGAAGCCUUAUAAAUGUGGAGAAUGUGGCAAAGCCUUUGGCAGCUCUUCACUUCUUACUAAACAUCGGAGAGUUCAUACUGGAGAGAAGCCUUAUAAAUGUACAGAGUGUGGCAAAGCCUUUAGCCAUUCCUCAGACCUUACUGGUCAUCAGAGAGUUCACAUUGGAGAGAAACCUUAUAAAUGUAGAGAAUGUGACAAAGCCUUUGGUAGAUCCUCACAACUUAUUAUGCAUCAGAGAGUUCAUACUGGAGAGAAGCCUUAUAAAUGUACAGAAUGUGGCAAAGCAUUCAGGGACUCCUCACAGCUUUAUCGACAUCAGAGAGUUCAUACUGGAGAGAAGCCUUAUAAAUGUACAAAAUGUGGCAAAGCAUUCAGGGUCUCCUCACAGCUUAAUCGACAUCAAAAAGUUCAUACUGGUGAGAAGCCUUAUAAAUGUACAAAAUGUGGCAAAGCCUUUAGGCAUUCUUCAUCCCUCACUUAUCAUCAGAGAGUUCAUACUUGAGAGAAGUCUUCCAGAUGUGAGGAGUGUUGGAAGUGUUUACCAGGGAGAAGUUAGUGAAUAUCACAAAAUUCGUACUGGGAUGACGCCAAAUAAAUGUGCAAAAUAUAAAAACGCCUUUCCGGGCUAUUUAGAUAUUACUGUACAUGAGA